AACAAUUAAUGGCAAUUUCCAUGGCUCAUCUUUUUGUUACCAUAAUGCUUUUGGCCGCCCACACAGCCUUCUCAGAAACAAACAUGCUCCAAGAUUUGUGUGUUGCUGAUCUCAAAGGUUUAAAAGUCAACGGAUACCCAUGCAAAGACCCAUCACAAGUAACACCAGAUGACUUCUACUACAUAGGCUUAGCCAAUGCUGCAGCCAUCAACAACAACUCAAUGGGAUCAGCCGUUACAGCAGGCAACGUUGAGAAAAUCCCUGGCCUCAACAUGAUGGGUACAUCCAUGUCUCGAAUAGACUACGCACCAGGUGGACUCAACCCACCUCAUCUUCACCCUCGAGCUUCUGAAGCCAUAUUCGUCCUCGAAGGAAGUCUCUUCGUAGGCUUCUUGACAACCUCUGGAAAACUCAUCUCCAAACACGUCAACAAAGGAGAUGUCUUUGCAUUCCCGAGAGCUCUCCUCCAUUUCCAGCAGAACCCUAACAAAACUCCUGCCUCUGUGAUCGCUGCUUUUGAUAGUCAGAAUCCUGGGACACAAAGUGUUGGCCCGUCUUUGUUUGGUGCUAACCCUCCGAUUCCUGAUGACUUGCUUGCUAAGGCGUUCUCCCUUGAAACAUCAGAGAUUCAGAAUCUUAAGGGAAAAUUCCAACCCAAGAAUUGAACAUAGGUUUCAGACCAUACUCAUUAAUACAAUAAUGAACAAAAAAAACUGUAAACUACUAAGCAAAGGCAAAGAAAGCUUGUACAAUUUUUUUUUUAAACUGUUGUAUAUACUCCUAUAGUUUUUGCCCCAUUGAUUACAAUGAGA